AUGGAGCGGAUAUUUGAUGUAUCAAGGUACCCGGUUCUGUUCCCAUCUCUUCAUCAACAUGAGUGGUCUUCACGCGACGUGGGUUCAAAGACCUUAAUAUCGAGAUCAAAGGAGAGAGCUCAGAGCUUGGGGACUUACACUAUAGGUGUCUACGGGUUCAAGGGAACGGUUAAAUACCAGGUUUCAGUACCAGACGAGGAUGUUCAAAACAACCACGAACUCCAAGCUUGGUGGAAGGAGUUGCGCGGGGAAGGUCACAGGGACAAAAAGUCAGAACUUUGGUGGCCAAAAAUGCAAAACCGUGAAGAAUUUAUGGAGACUUGCACUAUAAUUAUUUGGGUGGCCUUUGCUCUUCACGCCACGGUUAACUUCGGACAGUAUCCAAUCGCCGUUUACCUCCCAAACUGGCCGACCAUAUGCCGUCAGUUCACUCCGAAGGAAAACACUCAAGAGUUUGAAGAACUUGAGAAGAAUCCGGACAAAUUAUUUUUGAAAACCAUCACGACUCAGCAUUAG